AUCAAGAUCAAGAUCAAAUGUAAAUAAAUCCCACGAAAGUGCAAGGGCAGCCCAUCUUCUUGGCGGCCUCCAGGCGUGCACCUGUCCCGGGAACCUGUUGUUCUUCACCGUACCUGUGCCUUCUUGAGGGAAACCGGCAAGCUACCACGCCUGUGACACCCACAUAGGACUACCCCAGGGCUCAUAAGGAUCUAUAGAUCUUCGCGGCCCUAACACCACCACCAACAACAAAGUGCAAAGGCAACCUCGCAUUAUUAACAGAUCCAAGCGACCCUAUACAAUAACAAUAAAAUGUACAGAGAAAUUGAAGUUACAUCACCAGAAUGAAAGAAUAAGUGAGUACCAGUAUAUUUGUCUGUCAUCUAGAAAAGGCCAAGAUGUCUCAAGUCACCCGAGAGCUCAUUACCCUCCAAGUGGGUCAUCAUGCAAACUUCAUAGGAACUCACUGGUGGAAUCUUCAGGAGGCCAGCUUUGUGUAUAGCACUGCUACAUCUACGGACAUCAACCAUGAUUUUCUCUUCAGAGAUGGCAUUACAUCACAUUUGCAAGAAACUUACAUACCACGUCUUGUGGCCAUUGAUUUGAAAGGUAACCUUCAUAGUCUGCCUGUUGAAGGCAGAUUAUACAGUGACUAUCAAGCAGAACCUUCUACUAGUGAAGCUGCUUGGGAUGAAAAAGUUGAAUUUAUUCAGCAGCUGCCACAAGAAAAGAAUGAGUUUCUUAAAGACCUUGAGCAAGAAGAUGCAAAAUUUCGAGGUGUAAGAGAUGAAGACAAAGAUAUAUGCAUUGAUGACUCCAAAGCUUCUGAUGAUGUUAGUCCAUCAAAAAAAGUCUAUGACCUCACCAAGUCAGUCAAAGUUUGGUCGGACUUUUUACGCCCACACUUACAUCCCAAAGCAAUUUAUCUUAUUGAUAAUUUAAUGGCUAACACUGGAAGAGCAUCAACUGGGACCAGUGAAAAUAUCUGGGGAUUUUCCUCAGGAUACUCAACAUUUCAGAGGGAGGAAGUGGAAGAAGAAAUUGUGGAUAGAAUAAGGUGUUUAGCUGAAUCUUGCAAUAGCUUGCAGGGUUUCCAGAUACUGACUGACAUUCAUGAUGGAAUGGGAGGAAUUAGCUGUGGGAUUUUGCAGCAUCUAGCUGAUGAGUACGGUUCCAAGAACUCUCUAACAUUUACAACAUCACCACCACACGUCGUCCCAACAAUGGAACCAGCUAGACGAUUGAUGCAAGCCUCCAUACUUCAGUCUUAUAGAGAAAUGUGCCAGCUGUCCAGUAUCGUGGUCCCACUGAAUAUGCGCAAGAGUAUGUUGGAUUUUGAAGCUCCUUGCUGCUCAUAUCAACAUUUGGUACUAAAGGAGUGCAAUGCAUACUUCACAAGCAGUGUUAUGGCUGCCUUUCUGGAUACUGUGAGUCUUGCUUACCGCAGUCGUGCUUCACCAUUACCUCUGGCAAAUGUCGUGGAUAUGUUGACCCCAACUGGAAGAAAAGUUGCUGGAGGAAGUUUAUCCUUGCCUCUUGGCAUAAAGUCAAGUCAAAGUUUUGUAGAAUGGCUGCAUGAGGAACAAGAAUCUUCUUUAGUUUCUGUGAGUGCUGGAUGUACUUACCAUCUUGAUCCAGUCAGUGAGCUUCUCACAGUUAGAGGUAUACCACCAUCCAAAUUAAACAGACCUGGACCUAAAUAUGCUAGUGCAAAAUCAUGUGCAAAUGCAGCUCAGCUUUAUGGUGACUUCCUGCAAAACUCAUCCAAACAUCCAAAUGUGCGAUUUGUGGCUGGUGUUGAAGAUCCUCUCAAGACAACUGCACCCUUUCCCCGUAUCUUUUCUCCAUCUGUCACAAAUGAUGGAUAUAUAGAUAUAUGUCAUAAGACUUCAGUUCCAGAUGUGAGGAGUACACCCUGCUUAGCUGGUCUACAUCAGAGCAAAGAGUUGGGAAACUUACUCCAGCAAUUGUAUACAUCAGCAAAAAAGUUUGAUGUGAUGAAAGUUCCAUCUUUGUUAGAAGAAGGUGUAGAUAAGGAAAGCUGGGUAAUGCUAACUGAAGAUUUAGAGGAAAUUGCUAGCAAUUACUGUAGCAAAUGAAAAGUGUGGUAUCUUUUGAUGUUUUGUUUUGAGUAAAGUACUAAUUUAAGUUAACCAAAAUUCUAAUGAUUUAUAUGUAAAUUUCCAUAAUAAAUCAACGUUAUAGAAUUUCUUUAAAGCUACCAACAAUAAGAAGAGUGACCAUGAUGGACAUUUAAGCCCUCAAAAUUAGCCUUCCUGAAGUCAGGUACUUUCCUGUUGUUCUAUUUUCUAAAAGUUUCAUGCCAUUUCAGUGUAUACCAUAUUUCUUUGUGAUCACUGUUACUUAGCUAGCCACCAAGCUCCACCUGCAUAACUGCAUCCUCCCUGUUUGCCAGAAUUAAAUCUAGAAUAUUGUUUCCCCAUGUGGGUUCUAAAACUUGCUUUAAAGACUUGCUUUAAAGAAUUAUCCUGAAUGACCAAGAAAAUC